ACGGAAAAGUACUUCUGAUUCAUUAAAAUUUUUACCUUUGUGAAUAGAAAAAUACUGUUUACUUUCACUAAUUUCUGAUAUCAUUCACGUUAAACACGUUAUCUGGCGAGAAAAUGAGACAGACUCUUUUGGCGCAAUCUGUGGCGAAAUUUAAGACAUGGGAAAAGCAAGGAUCAAGUCUGCAUUUAAUGUGCCCGACGUUUAGAAAGUCAAUGUUUUUAAAAUUUCGCGCGAUUCAUCAGGCAGUAUGCGCACUUCUGCGAUUAACUCAUAUCUAAAAUGUUUAGCUAGUUAUAAUCAGUGUGUUAUUUCUCUUAGAUUGCAUUGUUUUCAUAGAUUAUUAAUUAGGAACAACAUAAUUGCACCACUUGGAUGUAAUUCGUCGCAUCUUCGGUGGAAAUCCGGAAAAGAUGAUUUGUCAUCAGUUGUCAUUCCAGUUCCUAUAACUCCUGCCAAUAAUUUGGAUGACAUAAAUCUUGGAGAGGCGCUGUCGAGAAAGAUUAAUAAAGAUGAUAUUUUAAAGUUAAUAAACCAAUUCUACAAGCAGCCUGAAGUAAAAAUACAGUCUGCUGAAAAUGGACUUGAUUCAAAACUGUUUCACCAAGCAUCCAUUAGCUUUAGGAAAUUUUGUAUGGAGUCUGAAAGCUUACCUGUUGAUUUACAUAUUGUGUUUAGUGAUAUUUUACAAGGUGCAGGGCAUAUUCAUGACAUUCUUCCAUAUUUUCUACAGCAUGCUAAACAAAUUUUUCCUCAUCUGGAGUGUAUGGAGGAACUGAAACAAAUAAGUGAUUUAAGGCAGCCAGCAAAUUGGUAUCCUGGAGCUCGUUCGAUACAUAGAAAACUAAUAUUCCAUGCUGGUCCAACAAACAGUGGUAAGACAUACAGAGCUCUAGAAAGGUUUAUUGAAGCUAAGAGUGGAGUUUAUUGUGGCCCUCUGAAGCUUUUAUCUGUAGAAGUUUUCAACAAAACAAAUGAAAGAGGAACACCAUGCGAUUUGGUGACGGGUGAAGAAAGACAGUUAGUUUUACCUGAAAAUCAACCUGCUAGUCAUGUAGCUUGUACUAUUGAAAUGGUUUCUGUAGAAAACAGGUAUGAAGUGGCUGUUAUUGAUGAAAUACAAAUGAUAAGAGAUCCUGCAAGAGGCUGGGCAUGGACACGAGCUCUUCUAGGUCUUGCUGCAGAAGAAAUUCAUAUUUGUGGAGAAGGAGCUGCUAUUGAUCUUAUUAGAGAAAUUGCUAGUUCCUGUGGUGAAGAACUUGAGGUAAGAAGGUAUGAAAGGCUUACUUCCUUAACUAUUGAGAACAAAGCCUUAGCUGAUUUAAGCAAUAUUCAGCCUGGGGAUUGCAUAGUCUGUUUCAAUAAAAAUGACAUCUUUAAUGUUAGUCUUGAAUUGGAAAAAAAAGGGUAUGAAUGUGCUGUUAUUUAUGGUGGCUUACCUCCAGGUACAAAGUUAGCUCAAGCAAAAAAGUUUAAUGAUCCUAAUCAUCCAUGCAAAAUACUAGUUGCCACCGAUGCUAUUGGUAUGGGCUUGAAUUUGAGCAUUCGUCGUAUUAUUUUCUAUUCCUUGAUUAAACCUGUAAUUAAUGAAAAAGGAGAAAAAGAAAUAGUUACAAUAUCUACUUCUCAAGCUCUGCAAAUAGGAGGGAGAGCUGGUAGAUACAACACACAGUUUUCUGAGGGGUUUGUUACAACAUUUCGGAAUGAAGAUCUUCCUAUUCUUAAGAGUAUAAUGGCAAAGACUGUUGAACCAUUGGAGAAAGCUGGUUUGCAUCCAACUGCUGAUCAAGUAGAAUUAUUUGCAUAUCAUUUGCCUCAAGCAACCCUAUCAAAUUUAAUUGAUAUUUUUGUUAGCCUUUGUAUGAUGGAUACAUCGUCAUAUUUUAUGUGUGAUACUGAAGGAUUUAAAUACUUAGCAGAUAAGAUUCAACAUGUUCCUUUACCACUACGAGCUCGUUAUGUGUUUUGCUGUGCUCCCAUAAAUCGACGACAGCCUUACGUCUGCACUAUGUUCUUAAAAUUCUCCAACCAAUAUAGUCAAAAUAAACCUAUGACAGAAGAAAUACUUUGCAAAACAAUAGGAUGGCCAUUUUCACCACCACAGAAUAUCAUACAACUUGUACAUCAGGAAGCUGUAUUUGAUGUCUUAGAUUUAUAUCUUUGGCUGAGUUAUCGGUUUCCUGAUCUUUUUCCUGAUGUGCAAGCAGUAAGAAAAAUUCAGCGACAGUUGGAUGAAAUUAUUCAGCAAGGAGUUUUUAAUAUAACUCAUCUUUUGAAAGCAACAGAUGUUAUAGAAGAACAAGAAGAGCAUACCAACACACUAGGAAAAUAUAACAAAAAUACUAGGACUAGGUCAAGUUCUGUAGAAGCUGAAGUUGAUGGAUUAGAGGAACCUAAAGAGAAAAUUUAUGGCAAAGGUCGACUAACAAAGGAACUUCUUGCCCAAGGCCUUAUUACACCAAGUAUGCUUAAAAGGCUACAGAAAGAAUGGGAACAAUCUUUAGAAAGUUCUGCCAUGUCUUCAAAUGAAAAACAAAGAGUUAAAAAAUCUACAAAAGUCUAUAACAGAAGGCUAAAAAAGAAAUAGUUUUUAUAUUUUUGUAGCACCAAAAUUAAUUGUGAUAUGAACUAUAGUUACUGACUUUGACUAUUAAAAAAAAUUGUGAAUGUUAUUUCUUACUUUUUAUAUUAUAUAUUGUAAAUCAUAUAAACUAAUCAUUCAUAGCAAAUGUAAACUACAUUCUUCCGUAUUUAAACUGCAUCUAUUGA